AUUCCAUUCCGCUCAGAUAGACGUCAAAAACUGAUAAACUGGCAUCAGGAGGCACGAUGUCGCUCACUGUGAAAAACAUUUCUGUUAUUUACAAUCCUAUCAAUCAGAACAAUACUUUCACCAGCGGGGAUUUUAUAUCGGGAAAAGUCAUUCUGGAUGUGGUGAAAGACACUCAAAUGCAGUCGCUGAGUGUGAAAAUUAAAGGGAAAGCAAAUGUUUACUGGUCAGAGCGAAACGGUAAAACCACUGUUUCUUAUUCGGAUAAAGAGAAGUUUUAUUCGGUGGAGAGGUUUUUCGUUCAGACCGACACAAAACAUGCCAAUGACCAUGAAAUGCUGAAAGACCCAUCCGGACAGCCCUACUCUUCGGUCGUGGCACCAGGCCAUCAUGUUUACCCUUUCACCUUUCAGUUGCCCUUACAGCAUUUUCCUGCCUCCUACAAAGGUUCAGUUGGUAAAGUUCUCUACACUUUGGAGACAAAACUAUCCAGAUCAAUGCGAAUGUCUAGCAAAGCUAAAGCAGAGUUUAACUAUGCUCCCAGCCCUGUUACCAAUCCUGAACUAAUGGCUCCUCAGUAUGGAUCCAAAGAUAAACAAAUGUAUGUCUUCACCUCUGGGAGUGUCUCCAUGAAAAUAAGCACUGAGAAAAUGGCAUACUAUCUUGGAGAGGGCUUGAAAGUUUUGGCUGAAGUUCAAAAUAAUUCCUCUCGUGCAGUCAAGCCUAAGUACUGCCUCUAUGAAAAACACAGUUUUUUUGCCAGAGGAAAGAGAAAACUUCACACACAUGACCUUCUUAAAGAGGUGGGGGAACCCAUUGAGCCAAACUCAAAGAAAACCGUCACCACAGUGCUGUCCAUUCCACCCAGCCUUACAGUCUCAAUCCUAAACUGUAGGAUCCUCAAGGUUGAGUACAGACUGAGGGUUUACCUGGAUGUGAAAUAUGCUUCAGAUCCAGAGAUCAAAUUCCCAAUAGUGAUUCUUCCUCCUCAGCCUGUAUCAGGUGCAAAUGGCGCUACAAAUAGUGACUUUGGAAUUUGGAAUCAGCCACAGCCAGGCAGUGCACGUCCCAACCCGCCUCCUACAGCUCCAUCAGCCCAACCAAAAAAUAUGGCUGGACCACCUGGUCAGUUUAGUGCACCUGGUAACUGUGGACCUCCUGUUGGUCAGUUUCCAUCUCCUGGUUACCCUGGACCUCCUCCGGGUCAGGGUGGUCCACCUAGUUACCCUGGACCUCCUCUGGGUCAGUUUGGGGCUCCAGCUUUUCCUGGACCUCCAGGUCAGUUCACUCCCUCUUAUUACAGUGGAGCUCGGGGCCAGUUUGGUCCUUCAGGUACACAUCAGUCAAGCACAUCAGCUCCACCUCCAUAUCAGGAAUAUAAGUUUUACCCACAGCUGCCAGAUCAGCCAGAAAAAUCUUGACAAAAUGAUUUUGAAUCACUUUGUAGGCUUCUUUUGUUAUUGUGUUGUUUUAUAAAGCUUUAGUUUGGGGACCAUUUUUCACUUUUAGUGAACCAUUAACUAUGACUGACUUAUUUGCUGAACAUCUGAUUUGGUGCUUGUUUAUAAUUAGAUUUUUAUUAAAUUGAGACAUGAGGUAGAAUUACAGGAUCUCAAAUGUAGUCAUGCAGAAUAAGGCAUCAAUAAAGUGCUAAUAAACAGCCAAUGUGCUAGUAAUAUGCAUUCUGAUAACAACUACAGUAAGAAUUGGUCCCUGAAUGGGAAAAAAAAGCAUUAGUGUAUCGUAUCUAAUAUAACCUAUACUAUUUUUUUGUAAGUUAGUAGUUCACUCUUAAUGAUUAAAUAAAUAAACAGUAUUAUUUCUUUUUGUAUGCUAAACCAUCUGUGUGGUGCUACUCUGCAUCCCAUACUGUAUGAUAAUACUGCUAUAUUUGUUUUGAAGUGAAUGCAGUACUAUUCUUUAGUAGUCUUCUUUGCCAUAUAAAUUUUGCAGGGAAAGUAUGCUAACCCUUACUGUAAAAGUUUGCGUAAGUUGUUUAUGUGUGCUUUAAGGGAUGGUUCAACCAAAAAUGAAAAAUAUUUCAUUAUUUACUCUUUCUUCACUUAUUCCAAACCUGUUUCACUUUAUUUCUUUUGUUGAACACAAAAGAAGAUAUUUUCAAGAAAGCUGGAAAUAUUUAACCUAGUAUUUUGAAACCAUUUGAGGCUGAGUAAAUUAAAGUUUUUUUGUUGAGCUAUCCUUUUAACACAGAAACAUGUUUUGUAUUGAAUUCUGUGACGCUAUACUGCAUGUUGAAUGAAUAAUGUAUUCCGUGUUCUCAUUUAGAAGUAAAAUGAAAUCCGUUUUAUUUUAUGAAUAUUAUAGGAUCAGCCUUGUGAAAAAAGAGAAAUUGAAGUAUGAGUACAUAAAUACUCAAGCUUGUUAGAUAAGUAUACGCAGGUGUUGUUUUUUUAUCAAAGUAGUAUUUUUAAUAGACUACUCUUUAAAGCUAUACACAUUAUAAUGUAACCUUAGGUUCUUUAGCAGUUAAAAACCUAAAAAUCACCAUCUUGAAAAAGACCAUUGCUUUGCUUGCUUUUGAUUGUUUUCGGGUUCCUUUGUGUGUGGAUGAAUGUGCUUUGUGAAACCAGUACAAUCCAUAUAAAUAUAUCUUUUAUUUUUUAUGCUCUUAUAAAAUGUAAACAUUGAAAAAACUUUCAAAUAAAUAUAUCAAAAGUUUAA